ACUUCCAGGUGCAGACCGUUGCGGUCCAGUCACAUUUCAACACGAGCAGCUUUCGGCCUGAUAAAUGCGCAUGCGCACUACGUCUGACCCCUCCGGUUUCUGCGUGCAUUGCCACGUUAGUAGCGGUAGACACAAAAUACCAGCUACUCCCCCAACCUUAAAUAAGGAAAAAGACCAAAACUAAGACCAAUUUCUCAGCUAAACCGUAGCCGGCCGUGUCUGCAGCUCUCAUCUCUCAGUCAGAAAGAAUACUCGACGACAACUACCGUUAUGUUGAAGUUUUUGCUCCUCUGCACACUGGCUGUGGCCAGCCGGGCUGAAAUCGCUGAGGAAGAAGAUGUCCUGGUGCUGAAGAAAAGUAACUUCGACGAGGCUCUCAAAGCUCACCCCAACCUCCUGGUUGAAUUCUAUGCCCCAUGGUGUGGUCACUGCAAGGCCCUGGCUCCAGAGUACGCCAAGGCCGCUGGAAUGCUGAAGGCAGAGGGUUCAGAGGUCCGUUUGGGUAAGGUGGACGCCACAGAGGAGACCGAACUGGCCCAAGAGUACGGCGUCCGGGGAUACCCCACCAUCAAGUUCUUCAAGGGCGGAGAGAACAAGUCACCCAAAGAGUACUCUGCUGGCAGGCAAGCAGAUGACAUCGUCGGCUGGCUGAAGAAGCGCACAGGCCCGGCCGUCACUACCCUGGCCGACGUCACCGAGGCAGAGUCUCUGAUCGCUGACAAUGAGGUGGCAGUCAUCGGGUUCUUUAAGGAUGCUAACUCUGCCGGUGCCAAGGCCUAUGAAAAAGCAGCUGAAGCCAUAGAUGAAAUUCCCUUCGCCAUGACCUCCGACGAUGCUGUUUACUCCAAGUUUGAGGUGUCCAAGGACAGUAUUGUCCUCUUUAAGAAGUUUGAUGAAGGGCGCAAUACCUUUGAUGGAGAGCCGACCAAAGAAAAACUCCUGGAUUUUGUCAAGGCCAACCAGCUGCCUCUGGUCAUCGAGUUCACUGAGCAGACCGCCCCUAAAAUCUUCGGUGGAGACAUCAAAUCCCAUAUCCUCAUGUUUCUGCCCAAAGCUGCUUCAGACUUCCAGGACAAAAUGGACCAAUUUAAGAAAGCCUCAGAGGGAUUCAAGGGUCGGAUCCUGUUCAUUUUCAUCGACAGCGACGUGGACGACAACCAGCGCAUCCUGGAGUUCUUCGGCCUGAAGAAAGAGGAGUGCCCUGCCAUCCGCCUCAUCACCCUGGAGGACGAGAUGACCAAGUACAAGCCCGAGAGCGACUCCAUCACAGCAGAGAGCAUCAUCAAAUUCUGCACACUGUUCACUGAGGGUAAACUCAAGCCCCACCUCAUGAGUCAGGACAUCCCUAAAGACUGGGACAAAAACCCUGUCAGGGUUUUGGUCGGCAAGAACUUUGAGGAGGUCGCCUUCGAUCCCUCUAAGAACGUCUUUGUGGAAUUCUAUGCACCUUGGUGUGGACACUGCAAACAGCUGACUCCCAUCUGGGAGAAGCUGGGAGAAAAGUAUAAGGACAGCGCUGACACCAUCGUGGCUAAGAUGGACUCCACAGCCAAUGAGAUCGAAGCUGUCAAAGUCCACAGCUUCCCCACUCUUAAAUUCUUCCCUGCAGGGGAAGAGCGCAAGGUGAUUGAUUACAACGGGGAGAGAACACUGGAAGGCUUCACCAAGUUCCUGGAGAGUGGUGGUAAGGAGGGCGGUGCCCCAGCAGGAGAUGAGGACGAGGACGAACUGGACACAGAGGAUUUGGAUGAUGUGGAAGAAGGACAGGACUCUGACUCUGACGGUGAGGACGACGACGGACAUGACGAAUUGUAAGAGCUGGCAGAGGAGAGAGAGAGGAGACGAGUCCCGCCCCGACCCUUCCAACCAGUCACCAUCACCACGUUCACUUCCUUGUGGACCUUCCCUGUCCUGUGAACAUUAAUAUUUCCCCUUUAACUGCCUCUCAGUCAGUCAGUCAGUCAGCCAGCUGGCCUGCUAGCCAGCCUGUCAGUCACUCAGUCAGUCCAUCAGUGGCAUGGCAGGGCCUUUUUGCCAGCCACAUCUCCAACCUUGCAACUUCUGGCCAGACUGGUCUUGUCCCACCCGGGGGGGGGACGACUCUGUGGAACAGCGCACCACCUCUAUGGGAGACCUCAAUGCCUUCUCUGCAAAGCUCCACAUCAGCUGUUUGCCUUGUAUAUUUUAAACCAAAUGUAAAAAUGGCAUUGAGAUCCAGUUUUCAAAAAUGUUUGUUUGUCAUUUCCUGAUGAAUUUGCUCCCCUCCUCCUUUAAAAAAAACAAAAACAAAAUCCUUGCCAUUGUUAAGUGUGGGUACGAGCUAAAUAAGUGUUGUAACCUGUAUUUGUAGGUGGGGGGGAGGGGCUGCCAAUGUUCUUUUCCCUCAAAUAGCAAUCCAGAGGACCAGGGUUUUGUGUGGUGGUUUUGUAAUGACCGAUCUCUCAGGGGACAAGGGGCCAUCCUAUAGAUGUGUUUUUAUUUGCAAUGUCUUCACUAAAAUAACCCCACAGAGCUUAUCCAGUGUAGCACCCCCCCCCCCAAAAAAAAAAAAAAUCUGUAGCUGAGACAAUUAUUUUCUUUCUAUUGGUGGGGGGAAGUCUACUUUUGUUUUUGUUCUUCAUACCCUGAUUUCUCGGUUCAUUCUCCCUAUUUCAGCACGGCUACUGACUAUUUUCUAAAAGCAACAAAGGUUAACUUUUUGGGGGAAAUCCUAUUUUUAUUUAAGUGCUUUCACUAUAUAUAUUUUUUUUUAAUUUAGGACUUGUCAUUUUUAAUGAUGUACCAUUGUGCCCAGCUGUAGCCAGUUUGGUCCUGUUGGGGCAGAGUUGGCCCUUGGACACACUCUCAGACCUGGGAUGGUUUGUGGAGCAGGUUCUGAUAGGUCGCACUGCAUUCAUGCCUAAUCAGAGAUUCUUGUGGUUACUAAAGCAGACAGAGAUUGGUACAGUUUACUGGUCAGGUUGGUCUGAGAGUAGUGUCUAUAAUAUCUGAAGCGGGGAGGGAACAGUUGCACAGCCCCACCCCUCACCCAUACUGUACCUCCUGCAUCCCUUUUGGCUCUACCUAACACCCUUGUUGCCACAGCAGUGUGUGUGUGUGUAUGAGUGCAUAGUGUGCUGUGUGAAUGGUGUAAAAAGUGCUGUGUGAUGAGUUGAAUGACGAGUUCAUGUUUUCUGGUCGUCCAUGAACAGGAGAAUGAAUGUACUGUGUGUUUGUUGGAGUCACUUUGUUGUUUGGCAGGGAGGGGAGGCUUGAGUAGAGCAAGGUGAUGGGUUUGACAGCUGUACAGCGGUGGGGGAACCUUAAUAAAGCAUUCCAUCAUAUCCAAAUUGAUGUGGAAAACAUGAAAUGGUGGCCAAUAAACAAAACAAAUUAUAAAAAUA